AUGUUAUCCUCUGGGUUUCGAGUUGGUCUUAGUGGGCUAAGAUGUUACAAUGGGAAUUUUAUGAAGAUGUCAUUGCUUAUUUCACAACAGCAACAGCAACGAUCUAUAUCUUUUAAGAAAGCAUUUGACAAGUUAAAGAUUAUUCCUUCUCCUCCUGGUGGUGUUACAGGUGAUGUCAAUGAGUCUUUUAAACCUCCUGAGUCGAAUAUGUUUCAUGGGUCUUACCAUUGGUCUUAUGAGCGUGUUACUGCUGCUACAGUUUUGCCUUUAACUUCUUAUGCUAUAUAUGCAGCUGCAACUGGUGGUGAACUCCACCCCCUAGUGGACGGUGCUCUUGCAACGUCAGCUUUGUUUUAUUUGCAGUAUGAAUUCAAGAGUUGUAUUAUAGAUUAUAUCCCAAAGAGAAAAUUUGGUGUAUGGCAUAAUUUAGCAAAUUAUCUUUUACUGGGUGGAACAGCUGUUGGUUUAUAUGGUAUUUAUACUUUGGAGACUGAUAAUAAUGGGAUCUUUGAUUUGAUUAAGAAGGCUUGUAAUGAUGAGGAUCCAGCUUUAUCUAUCUUUAGAAGACGAUAA